CAUUGGAGAUCGCUUUGCUGCAGCAGGUGUGUCGCUUGCCCAGGAGUAGAGGCGUGGCCCAACUCCUUGACUACUAUUGGAUGCCUGGGCCAGAGGGGGCAGGCAUAUAUCUGCUGGUUCUAGAGCGUCCAAUCCCCUGCUUGGAUCUCUUUAAUUAUAUGCAGGAGGGGAGUGGCUACUUGGAGGAGGGGAUGGCACGUCAUGUGAUGCAGCAGGUGGUGUCUGCUCUGCUCCACUGCCACUCCAGGGGCGUGGUCCACAGAGACCUGAAACCUGAGAACAUCCUGGUCCAACUGACCAAUCACAACGUCCUGCUGCUCGACUUCGGCUCCGCCUCAGUACUCAAGGAGGGCGAAUACACCGAUGUGGCAGGUACACCUGAGUAUCUUCCUCCAGAGACAGUACUGAGAGGGGAGUACUUUGCUGUUCCGGCCACCGUGUGGUCGCUAGGAAUACUGCUUUUUCAGAUGGUGUGGGGUGACGUUCCUUUCUACAGUGACGCAAGCAUCGUCAAAGCAACCCUCUACUUUCCACGUGGAAUAUCCAGAGAUUGCCGUCACCUGAUUCGCCGGUGCCUCGCUGUCAGUCCAGACGACCGGCCAACCCUGGAGCAGAUACAGCAGCAUCCCUGGAUGCGAUAGAAUAGACUAUAUUUCAUCUAUAAAUGUCCCAAAUAAACAUGGUCAGCAUUCCUAUUCAUGUCAUCCCUGACUGAUAGUAGAUAAAACGAUAUAGCAAAGGGGAUUCAAAUCUUACCCUACGAGGUUCAGAUUACUGCUGGUUUUCUACCU